AUGGCUGGAAGAAACGAUGCUGCGAUUGCUGCUGCUUUGGAGGCUAUGGCUCAGGCUCUGGAACAUCAACCUAAUGCUGGUGAGAAUGCUGGGUCUCGCAGUUUAGCUACUUUCCAGAGGGAGAACCCGCCGGUAUUCAAAGGCAAACAUGACCCUGAUGGAGCCUUAGAGUGGUUGAAAGAGAUCGAGAGGAUCUUUCGUGUAAUGGAUUGUACUCAGGCACAGAAAGUUCGCUAUGGGACGCAUAUGCUAGCAGUCGAAGCUGACGACUGGUGGCAAGCAACACGUCAGAGACUAGAAGCUACAGGUGAAGAGAUCACUUGGGAUGUGUUCCGAAGGGAAUUUCUGAGAAAGUAUUAUCCGGAGAGCGUCCGUGGUAAGAAGGAAAUUGAGUUCCAUGAAUUGAAACAAGGGAACAUGUCAGUGACUGACUAUGCUGCUAAGUUCACUGAAUUGGCCAAAUUUUAUCCGUACUAUGAUGGAGAGGGUGCAGAGUUUUCCAAAUGCGUUAAGUUUGAAAAUGGAAUCUUUGAGGAAGAUAAUGUUGCUCACUAUAAGAUUGUCAGUGAUAGAAGAGGUAGGCGGAGUCAGCAACGUGGCAAGCCUUAUGACACUCCAGCUGGCAAGGGCAAACAGAGAGCUGCUCCGGGCCAGAGAACAAGUGGAGGAGGUGCUCCUGCUCCGAUUGUGUGUUUUAAAUGUGGCAAGGCUGGUCACAAAAGUACUUACUGCACUGAUGACGUUAAGAAGUGUUUCCGUUGUGGCAAGACUAGUCAUAUGAUGUCUGAAUGUAGACAUAAAGAAGUGGUUUGUUUUAAUUGCGGUGAAGAAGGACACAUUGGAAGUCAAUGUCACAAACCCAAGAAGGCACAAGCUGGUGGUAAGGUGUUCGCAUUGGCUGGUACUCAGACAAGCACUGAGGACAGACUCAUUAGAGGUACUUGCUUCAUCAAUAGUAUGCCUUUAAUUACUAUUAUCGAUACUGGUGCUACUCAUUGUUUUAUUGCUGCUGAAUGUGUUGAAAAGUUGGGUCUUGUGCUAUCUUCGAUGAAUGGCGAGAUGGUAGUUGAGGUUCCAGCUAAAGGAUCUGUGACUACAUCUCUUGUUUGUUUGAAGUGUCCGUUGUCGAUCUUCGACAGGGACUUCGUUGUUGAUUUAGUUUGUUUGCCGUUAAGUGUGUUGGAUGUAAUUUUGGGGAUGAACUGGUUAGAGUAUAACUAUGUUCAUAUUAAUUGUUAUAACAAGACUGUGAGGUUUUCAACUGCUGAAGAGGAAGAAGCUGAUUUGGUGUCACCAAAGAAAUUAAGACAGUUGCUGAAGGAAGAAGUUGAGAUGUUCUCAUUGAUGGCAACAUUGUCAAUCGAGAAUUAG